AACUUUCAGUUUUCAGUAGUUUGUUGAACGUUGUAGAAGUAGAAGUUUAUUUUUUUUGAAAUAAAUACUUUAAAGUUACUUAACGAGUAUGAUUUAGAAAGACUAAAUUGUUGCAGUGAAAAAUUAAAUGUGUUACAAAUCAAUUUUCGACCGAAUUAUUAGUUAAUUGGAGACCAAUGACCGAAAAACAUUAAAGAGAGCCAAGAGAAAUGAAUCACUACCUACUUCUUUCUGUGAUAUUUAUAUCUAGUUUAUCCCGUACCAACGCCAUCAAAUGUUAUGAGUGCUCGCAAGUUCGCACCGCGCAAGAUGGUGCAAAAACCCGGCUUUGUUCGCAUUUCGAUUUUUCGGAAGCGUACAUUGUCGAUUGUGAAUUCUCCACGAUGUGCGAAAAAAGGUUUUCAUCGGUUAAAAUCACAGGACAAAUUAAUGUCACGUCGAGAGGCUGUGCAAAACAAAAAUAUGAGUACCAAAAAUAUAACAGGGCCGAACAGCGUUGGCACGGAGAGGUUGAAGUGCAAGAACCUUACGAGGAAGGUUGCAUUACAAUCGAUAAUAAAGGUUUGAAGAUAUCGUAUACAGAACAUUGUUACUGCCGACGUCAUUUAUGCAAUUCAACGUUAAAUCGAAACGUUUUCGGGGGGGUUUAUUUUGUAUCUGUGAUAGCUUUCACCUCGAUAGUGUUCAAAUCAUUUUUAUCAUAACAUAAGUAAAAGACAAUGAAUAAAUAUUUUAUGUACGUAAAUUAAAAAUAAAUAAA